AUGCCUCCCAAGCGCUCGGUGGCCACAGCGUCGAAGCAGACGAUUGAAGAGUCGUUCCGUGGGACCUCAACGAGGCGUGCCUAUGACACGUACCAGAAACAGUUUGAGACCUUUCUCCAAGCGAAUAAACCGGGACUGCAAGCAUGGCAACAGUGGUUUGUGGCUGAUCCUGGCGCGGGCUUGGUGUGUGCGCUGAAGGACUACAACAGCGACAUGAUUCGCCUCGAUCGGAAGAAGUAUUCCGAGCGACUGACCUUGGCCAGUGCAUUUGAGAAGUACCAAUCGUAUGAACAGUUCGAAGCGGCGUAUUCAGGGUAUACGAAAUCGUACGCCAAGCUGCUGCGCGAGCGAAGCGACCAGGAGCGCAGCGACUCACGAGCGUUGCGAGUCGGCGCGCAGCGCCCAGCCCCGCAGUGA